AUGGCUGCCAUCCUUCGCAAGCUCUUCCGCCGCAAGAAGCAGCCCCCUCUGGUCUGCUCCAUUUCCCUUGAUGACCAGGGCCAUCCCAUGGGUGAAGACCCAAAUCACAAGCACACAACCGCCUGUUUCAUCGACUUUGAGCCCCUCGCCGUGGUCGAGCUCUUCCAGUCCCAAGGCUGCCAGGCCUGUCCUCCCGUCGUUCCUGGCAUUCUCCAGGGCGCAAACCACCCAAACCUCCUUCUUCUGACCUACAACGUAACGCUCUUUGACCAUAUGGGCUGGAAGGAUACCUUUGCCAAGUCUGCCUGGGACCAGCGCCAGCGGGCUUAUGCCAUGAAGCAGCAGCGCAAGACCAUUUUCACUCCGCAGGUCAUCGUCAACGGUGUAGCUGAUGGCUCCGGUGCCGGCAUCAAGGAGGGUGUCCAGGAGAUUGUGCAGCGAGCCAGGGCCGCCCAGAUGGACAGACCUUGGCACAUUUACCUUGAUGUCAAUGACACGGACGUCAGGAUCGAUUCUGACGCUGAAAUGGCGGAGGAACAUGACAUUAUCCUCGUCCUCUACAGAAGUGGUGACGAGAAAGUCAAGAUCGGCAAGGGGCCCAACAAGGGCGUAAAGCUUGAUCAUCGCAAUGUAGUCACGGAUGUGUUCAAGAUUGGGAAGUGGACCGGUGGUGAUAGUACACUGCCCCUUCCAGCCUCCAAGGAUUCAAUGAAACCAGGGGAGAAUGCCGUUGUUCUGGUUCAAGAGGGCGCUGGUGGCCCUAUUGUUGCCGUUGCUAAGGUUUAG